UUACGAACCCAACGACUUGAUGUUCAAACUGUUAUCAACUUCUGCAGCUUCUUCGCUGAUAGUAAUUUUAUGCAAAUUAAUGCACCGUGUGACGAAGCUUUUCUUGACUUCCUGAGAAACAGCCAAUCGUAUCGUCUCCAGCCUGCUGAGCUAGUUGCUAGCAGGACCCUGCUUCCACACUGUGGUCCAAGGAGUGGCGGAGACACUGAGCGGUUGACUGGAUUGACAUAGUGGAUGCCUCUAUGAUCGACUUAACGUUACAGCGCAUUAAACCACAUCACGUUUGCACGAGCAGAGUAGCACCAUGGCAGAGCCGAACCAGAGGCCCCCGGCCAGGAAGAUGUCCACUGCUGGGGACAGCCUGUACAAGGUGCUGGGCCUGGAGAAGGGGGCUACCGCAGAGGACAUCAAGAAGGCCUACAGGAAACUAGCAUUGAAGUAUCACCCAGACAAGAACCCAGACAACCCAGAGGCAGCAGAGAAGUUCAAGGAGAUCAACAACGCCAACUCCAUCCUGAACGACGACACCAAGAGGAAGAUCUACGACGAGUACGGCUCCAUGGGGCUCUACGUGUCCGAGCAGUUCGGGGAGGAGAGCGUCAAGUACUACUUCCUAAUGUCCAAGUGGUGGUUCAAGUCCCUGGUACUGUGCUGCACGGUGUUCUCCUGCUGCUGCUGCUGCUGCUGCUGCUGUUUCUGCUGUGGGAAAUGUAAACCUCCAGAAGACGAUGAAAACUACCAGUACGUCGACCCUGAAGAUCUGGAGGCUCAGAUCAAGGCAGAACAAGACGGAGGCGAUGUGGUGAUAGUGGGGCAGCCGGUGCUCGGCCCGGCGGUGAGUCCUGGUUCUGCUCCGGAAAACCCUGCGGUGAGUUCUGGUUCUGCUCCGAAGAACCCUGCACCGAGUCCUGGUUCUGCUCUGGAGAACCCGGCUCUGCCCAGCGCUGGGACAGAGAACCCUGGGGAAACGCUCCCGGAAGCCAAAUGACUCGUGCUCGUGGCCCUAUCGUGAUCCAGCCUCAUUCCUCCACUGUCCCCUCUGAGCCCUCUGCCCCUGCAACCACCCAGCCCUCCUCCAAGCCACAGCCCUGACCCCACCUCGCCUAGCCAGCCAGCCCAGCCACAGCUCCCCCCGGCAGGGCCAGCUCAGAGGGCCCUGGAGGGAGGCCCCCCUGGAGCUCCUCCCACCACACGCAGCCGUGGACUCUUUCGUGCCAGCCAGACCCCCUCCCCUUCCCCUCCCCCUCCCCCCUCCCCCUCUCCCAGGGCUGUGCCACAGGACUGAAGGACACAAGGCUUGUUGCCUGAAGACCUGGACUUACAGAUACACCCCCGCAAUCUGUCUCUCUGUGUCCCCUGAGGGUGUGAGGAGGGGGCUUUCUGAUGCAUGCGUUAUGUCUGACUGACUGCAUGUCCCCACUGUACAGCACUGACACGUCCUGCUAACCCUCUAUGCAGCCCCCUCACACACACACACACACACACACACACACACACACACACACACACACACACACACACACACUGCUACAGCCCCCUCACACACACACACUCAAUUCCUCUCCACCAGCACCCUUCAUCACCACUCCCUUAACUUCCUCCCUGGUUAAACUCUCACAUCAAAAAACACCCCUCAUCUCCCUCACCCCUCAUCACCAGCCAGACUGCCUCAUCACCAGCCAGACUGCCUCUGAGGCAGCCAGACUGCCUCUGAGGCAGCCAGGCCUCUGAGGCAGUCUGGCUUCAGUGAUUCAUUCUCUUUGUUUAUAGGUUUGUUUGAUGCUUUUCAUUUUGCUCAAGAUAUAUUUUGCAUAUUUUCUCAAAUGCCAGUUGUAAUUUUGCGCUGUUCGCAUUCUCCUUUUGUAACGUCAAGAUGAUGAUGAUAGACCAAAGCCAAACUAGCCACGCCACAAGCACCCUGCGACCACUAGCACCCUGGGACCACUAGCACCCUGCGACCACUAGCACCCUGCGACCACUAGCACCCUGCGACCACUAGCACCCUGCGACCACUAGCACCCUGCGACCUCUAGCACCCUGACCUCCAGAGACUUGAAGGGAGGGAAAGUGCUGUUAGCGCCGGUGGGAUUUUCCUUUAGCCAAUAGACAAGUUGUGGGGGAGCUUGCAGCCCUUGCGCCCCUGGUCCAAUAGGAAGCCUGGGAUCUGAGGUUUGUGUUCUGGAGUGAGAUGUCCACCUCCUCCGCCCUCAAACACCGCUACAGAGAACAGCCUGACCCUUCUGUCUGACCUGGGCGCAUUCUGUCACUACCCCAAGCUGUGUACGAGGGGCUAUGCACUUAUUAUUAUUCUUAUUAAUAAGAUUUUUUUUAUUUCCGUUCUUUAGACUGUGACACGGGUUAAUAGUGACAGCCAGCUGCUGCAGGUGUAGCUGCAUGUGGCCUCCUGCCUGCUUACUGCCCCACCUGGCUCUGUAGCUCCACCCCCCACCUGGCUCUGUAGCUCCACCCCCCACCUGGCUCUGUAGCUCCACCCCCCAGCUGGGGGUGGAGAGAGAACACUCUGUGAACGUGUGUGUGUGUGUGUGUGUGUGUGUGUGUGUGUGUGUGUGUGUGUGACAGGAGAAGUUGCCAUUGUGUUUCCCAACAGAGAGGAUGCUCAGAGCUGUGUGUCAGGUUGAGUCGACCACGAGCGUUAGUUAACUUACUAACUCACCACCGAUGUCAAAGCAAACCACUGAUCACUGACCUUGAAGCUUUGGAUUUUUAUGUUGCUCCAAAAAAAAGUGUUUACAUGAAUUUAUCAGUAGCUUCAAUUUAUUACUGGAAUUUUUAGCACCUUUUUAAAAUAUGACACAUAGUUUUAGCCAAAACAUUAAAGCUUUUUUUCUUUUUUUUUUGGUUAUUGUGUUUUCUCAGAUUCAUGACACACUAAUGCAUUUCAACUUAGAUUUAUGUCUGGAAGUCUGAGAAAAGAGGUGAUUAUUAUUUAUUACUGAAAUCUGUAUCAGCUGUAAAUACUGAUGGUGGGGGUGUGACAUGCAAACAAUGUUUUUGAAACUUGUUGUGAAUGGAGAUGUUUUAACAGUCAGUCUCAUUUUUAAUAGUUCACAUUGUCGUUUAUUUUCUCUUGUUUUAAUGAGUAAACCAUGAGAGGGUGGGUUUAAACUCAUGGACUGACACUAGCCAAUGACAGGGGAGCUGUCUGAUGAUUGGAUGACAGACUGUGGUCCUCAGGGAUUCACAUCAUUCUUCCCAGAGUCCCUGUGGAGGCUGAAUGGAGGCUGGGUGGAGGCUGGGGAAGAGGGCAGUCCUGGUGACUAGGGGACCAGGGGAGUAGGGGACCAGGGGAGUAGGAGACCAGGGGACUAGGAGACCAGGGGACUAGGAGACCAGGGGACUAGGAGACCAGGGGACCAGGGGACUAGGAGACCAGGGGAGUAGGAGACCAGGGGACUAGGAGACCAGGGGAGUAGGAGACCAGGGGACCAGGAGACCAGGGGACCAGGAGACCAGGGGACCAGGAGACCAGGGGACCAGGGGACCAGGAGACCAGGGGACUAGGAGACCAGGGGACUAGGCAAUUAAAAUAACAGGGACCAAGUGACGAGGGGACUAGAAUACCAGGUGACUAGAAGACGUGUUGAGGCUCUUUAGUUCUGUCAUUCAUCGUUUACCACCGCUCUCAUGGACAUGCUGAUCUGUAAAUGUGUAUUUAUAUGAUGAUGAUUAUGAAUCUAAACCAAUAAAAUAAGGGGGAUUUAUACAA